GUACCCAGAAUCCGGGCCCUUGCCAGACAGGGGCGGAACCGGAAGUCGCUGUACAUCUCAUGGUUGCUAAGAAACGGAGCUUCCACAAACCAGAUAGAGGUUCUCCAGCUUUUCUUUGAUUGUCUCUGCUUUAGCGUCUCUAAAUCCGGUCACCAUGUCGGACCCCGAAGGCGAGACCUUGCGAAGCACCUUUCCCUCUUAUAUGGCCGAAGGCGAGCGGCUCUACCUGUGCGGGGAAUUUUCUAAAGCCGCGCAGAGCUUCAGCAACGCUCUUUACCUUCAGGAUGGAGACAAGAACUGCCUGGUUGCUCGCUCAAAGUGCUUCCUGAAGAUGGGAGACUUGGAGAGAUCCCUGAAGGAUGCUGAGGCUUCGCUCCAGAGUGACCCAGCUUUCUGUAAGGGGAUUUUACAAAAGGCUGAGACACUGUACACCAUGGGAGACUUUGAGUUUGCCUUGGUAUUCUAUCAUCGAGGCUACAAGCUGAGGCCUGAUCGGGAAUUCAGAGUUGGCAUUCAGAAAGCCCAGGAAGCCAUCAACAACUCAGUGGGAAGUCCUUCUUCCAUUAAGCUGGAGAACAAAGGGGACCUCUCCUUCUUAAGCAAGCAGGCUGAGAACAUAAAAGCCCAGCAGAAGCCUCAGCCCAUGAAACACCUCUUACACCCCACCAAGGGAGAGCCCAAGCGGAAGGGCUCGCUCAAGAGUGAGAAGACUGUCCGCCAGCUUCUGGGGGAGCUCUACGUGGACAAAGAGUAUUUGGAGAAGCUCCUACUGGAUGAAGACCUGAUCAAAGGCACCAUGAAGGGCGGCCUGACUGUGGAGGACCUCAUCAUGACGGGCAUCAACUACCUGGAUACUCACAGCAACUUCUGGAGGCAGCAGAAGCCGAUCUACGCCAGGGAGCGGGACCGGAAGCUGAUGCAAGAGAAAUGGCUGCGGGACCACAAACGCCGUCCCUCACAGACAGCCCAUUACAUCCUCAAGAGCCUGGAGGACAUUGAUAUGUUGCUCACAAGUGGCAGUGCUGAAGGGAGUCUUCAGAAAGCUGAGAAAGUGCUGAAGAAGGUACUGGAAUGGAACAAGGAAGAGGUACCCAACAAGGAUGAACUGGUUGGAAACUUGUAUAGCUGCAUAGGGAAUGCCCAGAUUGACCUGGGGCAGAUGGAGGCAGCCCUGCAGAGCCACAGAAAGGACCUGGAGAUCGCCAAGGAAUAUGACCUUCCUGAUGCAAAAUCGAGAGCCCUUGACAACAUUGGCAGAGUUUUUGCCAGAGUUGGGAAAUUCCAGCAAGCCAUUGACACGUGGGAAGAAAAGAUCCCUCUGGCAAAAACCACCCUGGAGAAGACCUGGCUGUUCCACGAGAUCGGCCGCUGCUACUUGGAGCUGGACCAGGCCUGGCAGGCCCAGAAUUAUGGCGAGAAGUCCCAGCAGUGUGCCAAGGAGGAAGGGGACAUUGAGUGGCAACUGAAUGCCAGUGUUCUGGUGGCCCAGGCACAAGUGAAGCUGAGAGACUUCGAGUCAGCCGUGAACAAUUUUGAGAAGGCCCUGGAGAGAGCAAAGCUUGUGCAUAACAACGAGGCGCAGCAGGCCAUCAUCAGUGCCUUGGACGAUGCCAACAAGGGUAUCAUCGGAGAACUGAGGAAAACCAACUACAUGGAGAAUCUCAAAGAAAAAAGCGAGGGAGAAGCUUCACUGUAUGAAGAUAGAAUAAUAACAAGAGAGAAGGACAUGAGGAGAGUGAGAGAUGAGCCCGAGAAGGUGGUGAAGCAGUGGGACCAUAUUGAGGAUGAGAAAGAGACAGAUGAGGACGAUGAGGCUUUUGGGGAAGCUCUGCAGAGCCCAGCAAGCGGAAAGCAGAGUGUGGAAGCAGGAAAAGCCAGAAGCGAUUUGGGAGCAGUUGCCAAGGGCCUGUCAGGAGAAUUAGGCACAAGAUCAGGAGAAACAGGCGGGAAGCUACUAGAAGCUGGCAGAAGAGAGUCAAGAGAAAUUUAUAGGAGGCCUUCGGGAGAAUUAGAGCAAAGACUCUCAGGAGAAUUCAGCAGACAGGAACCAGAAGAACUAAAGAAACUUUCAGAAGUGGGCAGAAGAGAGCCAGAAGAACUGGGAAAAACACAAUUUGGAGAAAUAGGAGAAACGAAAAAAACAGGAAAUGAGAUGGAAAAGGAGUAUGAAUGAAGCCAUCGGUAGAGAUGAGGAUCAGGAAGCUGGUGUUCAGAGGGAUCAUGGGAUUUUAUUAAACUGGAUUUUCAAGCGAUUUAUCUGUUAUAGGAAAAAUGAGGGUUUUACUUCUGCUGCUUUCCAUCACUAUUUUGCCAUUAAAUAGGUGUCUUUCACUCUUGCAAA